AUGCUCUGUUUCGAUCCUGCGUGGGCCCUUGCGGCCUCUGCCUCCGGGUAUCUAGAGAGGAAGGAUCAAACAAAUUCAACACACAUCCUCGGAAUGAAACAGGGAAUCAAUAUAAGAGAGGCGGGCGUCCUGUGGCAUAUGAGGAGAGGAGUAGGCAUUGCAGUAUUUAUUAUUCCGGGGAUUGUGUGCGAUGUCAUAAGGCUUAUCCCCAAGUGCGAUUCGACAUGCAUGAAGGGGAGGCUUCUGGCGUCGUACUACCCGGGGCCGGUGGUUCUGUCGCCUGCAUAUUUUCCUGGCAAGAGUGUGGCCGGCAAGAACCCCAGGACGGUCAAGGCGGCAGCGGUGAGCACAGGCAGCCGCAGGACAAGCAUGAGCGAGCCUCAGACAAUAAGGAUCCCCUCAGUUGUCCGGACGACAGUAACAAACACUGUUCUGAAGACUUUGGUGAUGGAGGCGCCAAGGAGCGUACAGUCGUCUGCUGUGAUGGUGCAGCCUAGAUAUCUGGUGCAGACUGUGACGGCGUCUGCGAUCUCUAUGAAUGCGGCUGUGGGCCCUAGACAAGACGCAAGGCUUCCUCCUUUGUCCCGUGCUGCCCAGCCGCAGGCGGACGGGCUUGAGGCAAUCAACAGGAUAGGAAAGAGAGUGAAUCUGAUCUACAGCAUAAUCAGUGUCCUGAAACAAAGAUACCUGCAGGCUCCUCCCCAUCAGCCUGGGCUUGUGCUUGUUGCACCUGUGGUAACCAUUACUGUCCAGAAGACGGUGACGCUGACUCCGGUGCAAAGAAGCAGCACGCCUCUCUCCAGACCGCCUGUUGCAAUGAGCACGCUCACCAAGUAUGUUGCCCAGGCCUCGCAGACAGAAAAUAAGUCUCGGGUGCAGCUACCCAGCACAGCCUGUGCAUCUCCCCCGAAGGAGGGCGGCAAGGCCAGUCAAGAUACCGGAAAGCAUCGGAAGACAGACGCAGAGGAGAGCAGCAGCUCGGACUCGAGCUCUAUGUCCUCCGAGAAGGCAGAGAAGCCCCUGUACAUGCUGAAGUCUGGCGGGCAUGGAAGGAGGAAGGCAAGGAAAGGAGAUUUGUUUAUUGAUUGUUAUUUGAAAGGAAGCUUGUCCAGGUGCACCGAGGACAACCUCGAGGGGAGGACGGACAUAGGCGAUGCAGUAGUCUACAGAAAUGAUUUCGACAGCGGCGAUGAGGUGAUAUAUCUCAGCGAUCUGAUGAUGGGAGGGUGA